AGAGGUUUGUUAGAUAUCAAAAUCGGCCAAAUCAGCCAUGAGUAAAACACAUCCGCCAGAGUUAAAAAAGUAAGUUUGUCCUUUGGAAAUUUCUUCGAAAGUUGAAGAUGUUAAUUUUUUUGCGCGAACGUCGAUUAAUGAUGUUUUCCCCACCUGAACUUAGUUGUCAUGUGCAAAGUGAACACUGGUAAACAGCAAGCUCGUGUGACAAUGAACGCUCCCUUGUUUAAUUUAUCUUGGGGCUUUUUGGUAGAAGAUAAUAUCAUAACUUAUUAGCAACAUUUUUGCUUCAUUUUUGACAAAAUAUUGGCUCCAUCGUUUGCCUUAAUUCAUUUUCCUUUAGUAACUUAUUACUACAUUGUAAGUGGUGUGUCAACACCUGCAUGUCUCGUAGCUCUUUAUGUGCGCUUGAAGAUCUCAUAGCACAAGACAAAAGCUGAUUGCGGCAUAUCUUUUUUUCCUCUUUUCAGGUACAUGGAUAAAAGACUUUCUUGUAAGUGAACUCAACUGCAUGUUUUAUGAUUAAGUGUUGUAUUUGAUUCUGGCCUUACUUCUGUUUUGGCUUUCUUUUAUUUAUGGACCUAAAUAUCUUGGUUGGUGCACGAUAUACCAAGUGAAUAGCAAGUCUCGAGUUAAGUCACAAAGAGCACAACAAUGAUCCCUAGCCCUUACACAAUAACACAAAAAUUCACACAGGAGAAGGAGACAAUAGUCCAUAUAUUCACUUGGUAUAUUGAGCAUCACCCAGUAUCUUUAUCUUUAAAGGAAAAGACUUGAAAAUAGGGACUGAGUAACUGUGGUGGUAAGAUUUCCGUAUUAUCCGAUACAGUUAUUAUGCAUACAUGUUUCAACUCUACUCAUGUUAACUAUUUGUGAGAAAAAGUGUGAAAUUACUGCCUGCAUAAUAAAUGUAUGGUGUUAUAAGGAAAUCUUGUCACUGUGGCUAAAGGAGCAGGGACUAAAUUAACAAUUUCUUGUCUGUGAGCAGGGCUGUCAACCCCCCACAUCUUCAUUAAAUGUUGAGAAUUGAUAGGGAAGGGAUGACAGAUACAUCAUAUCACACAGCACUUGACGUCAUUUGUGCAAAAAAUACUCUUUGAGCUGAUCGACGUACAUACCCCAUAAAACAGUUCAUAUUAACCCUUUCGUGCGCAAUUUCCUGGGAAGGCAAAGGCCGCUAAAAAUACUACCAACAAAAAAUUUAUUCCUUGGCAUCGAUCUUGAUAGUAUGAUGUCAAAAAUUGACCUAGACUGUUUCGGGAUACAUUAAAUUGAAGCUAGCCCGCAUUCGGUAACAGAAAACCAAAUAACCUAUUUUUGAGAAUUUUUUAAAAAUUAAAAACUUGACAAAAGUGUGUCUCAAAAUAGUUGCCUAUAAAGUUUAUCACCGCAUGAUUACUCCACACAGCAACAUACAUCAAAGCCAGUGAGAAAAAUCGAUCCAAUGUCACACAAGCUUUAUUUUGAAACCAAGAAAGCAAAAUAAACGGUGUUAAAACUAUGAAAGAAUGGCUAAAAUCUUUGACUGGUCGAUACAAAAUGGCGCUAUUUGCAUAUGUUUCUUUGUAAAAUGACAAAUUUUGCUUCGAGUUACCUUUCAAGCCUAUAAAUCCAGCACCUUUCCUCGACAGCACCACACACUUAAAAGUUCAACUGUUUGAAUCUUAAGCCUCGUAGUUCGCUGAAGAACUCAUCGAAAAACACGACCAUUACCGCGAAAAAUCCCCAAAAAUAUAACCGAAGCUGAAAGAUCUUCGUCUUCCGUCGCCAUUAUUUGAGUUCGCGUGCCGCUGAGGUCGAUAAAAUAUCGAAAAUUUGACCAAAAUUGAUCAUACAGACACAAAAUGUCGCCCAUGUUGUUCUCUUUCUUGAUCAAGUCACCACAGGCUACCCAAGACUCAUGCAAAUGUACGCUGACCAUUUUUCUGCAGAUCCCUUCCGAUCGUACGAAUUCGUACGAUUGCGCACAAAAGGGUUAAGCAACAAAAUUGCUUAAAUUACAAUGGUCUAUUGAAGUUUUAUGAGGAAACAUUCGCUGUUAAUAUUAAAAUAGCUUAAACAUUUCAGAAUAGUUGAAAUAUUAUUGUCGGAAAGUCGAGUCUUCAAUGAUUUUCCGGGAGAUUUCAGGAUUUAACCUGGAGACCGAGAGAUAUGGUCCAAAAUCUGGAGUUUCCUAGAUUAUUCAGGAGAGUUGACUGCACUGUCUGUUGGCUAUUUCAGAAACUGAGUAAUAGUUCACCACUGCAAUAGUCCCUUAGUGCACUGCAAUUAAACACCAACCCAGUCCCUAGCACAACCUUAAAGUUGAGAGAAAUCAGAAGGGUGUCUAAUGAUUUCACUUUCAAAUGGCCCAGAACCAUUUUUCAUUUCAUGGCUACUUCUUUUAGUACAAAUGAAAUAGAGAAAAAACCCAAUACUAUACCUAACAGGAUACUUACAUGUGCAAGAUGGAGCUGUUUUGCCAGCUUGGGAUGAAAAUGACCUUGUCUAGGCAGUCCUUGCAAAAUAUAGUCAUUGAAGUGUGGAUCAAGAUAGUGUAAAAUGUAACAAUAACCUUGAUUUCUUUCAGUAAAGCUAAAUGGCAGUCGACAUGUGACCGGUGUACUCAGAGGUUUUGAUCCAUUCAUGAAUCUUGUGCUGGAUGAAGCAGUGGAAGAAGUUUCAGCACAAGAGAAACAUAACAUUGGAAUGGUGGUAAGUCAAAGUCGCCCUGAUUUAGUCUUGUUAUCAUAACUCCUCUCAUCUCAGUGACACCUUUUGUGAUACUCAGACCUUUGUCUUACUUCUCAUUUCUGUUUUCAUUAAAAUGCAACAUCAAGUCAAAAGAUUGAAUGAACAGUUGCAUUCUUUAGCUUGGUCAUUCAUAAUGAAGGUGAAAUAAAGCAAACAAAAUGGAUCGAAAUCUACCAGUAUUAUUACAUGUACAACCUACAGACUUGACCUUUAGAACCCCCUGAAGAUAACCCAUUUUUCCUUGAGAUAUAAGAGUAUUGCAUACACUUCUGAGUACAUAUCUUCAGAAUAUGUACAUUUGUAAGGUCAGGAGCUUAGUAAUGGGUGAUUGGAAACAAUGCCAAAAUACUGUUAUUGACACAGAGGUUUUGAAGUUUCUUUGUUAAUUUGAAAAGAGAGGGUUUUAAAAAAUGCAUCGGACUGUGUGGACUGACCUUCCUUAAUAAACUUUGUUGGAGAAAGAAACUUUAAAAAACUGUUUCAUUUUCAUUCAGCAAAGUUAUCAUUAGCUGGCAGUGAAAUUCUCUAUAAAUUUCCUUUUUUGUGUGUUAACAUUCUUCCAUGUCUCGUAAGUUGCCUAGCUAAACUCAAAAUGUUGCCCUUAGGCUCAGCAAAUUUUUUAUUCUUUUUAGGUGAUCAGAGGAAAUAGCAUUGUAACAAUGGAAGCAUUGGACAGAAUAUGAUGAUAAAACAUGGUGCUUAGUUUUUCUUGUUAUAUUAAUAAAAUUAUAGCCUGUAGUUUUUCUUUCAAUCAUUGUGGACCUUCAAGUCCUUGUAAAUAUCUUUUUGUGCAUUUAUUU